AUGGGCGCACAGGAACAGCCGCCCCCCGCCGGGGGUCGCCGGAGGAAGCGGCCGGUGCAGCGGGGCAAACCCCCCUACUCUUACAUCGCCCUCAUCGCCAUGGCCAUCGCCAACGCCGCCGAGAGGAAGCUCACCUUGGGGGGCAUCUACAAGUUCAUCACCGAGCGCUUCCCUUUCUACCGGGAGAACCCCAAGAAGUGGCAGAACAGCAUCCGCCACAACCUCACCCUCAACGACUGCUUCGUCAAGAUCCCCCGGGAACCCGGCCAUCCCGGCAAGGGCAACUACUGGACGCUGGACCCGGCCGCCGAGGACAUGUUCGACAACGGGAGCUUCCUGCGCCGGAGGAAGCGCUUCAAGCGCACCGACAUCACCACCUACCCCGGCUACAUGCAAAACUCCAGCGCCUUCACGCCCCCGCCCGCCGGCCGCCCCGCGGCACCGACAGCCCCCUACCCCAACGCCCUCUGCUCGCCCGGCUACGGCCCCCAGCUCUCCGGCGCCGUCUUCCACCCCUACGCGGCCGGGGCAGCACCGCCGGCGCAGCAUCCCAGGAUGUUCAGCAUCGACAGCCUCAUCAGCGGGCAGCAGGCCCUGCAGCCCUCGCCGCCCGCCGAGUUGGGCCACCCGUCGCUGGGCUUGCCCGGAGCUGAGCUGGCUCCCGCUUGCUCCGCCGGCACCUCCGAGCCUCCCUGCUUCCAGGCUCAGCCCGUCAGCCCCGGCUUGUUGGGCCGGGCCGGCCCCAACACCCUGGCUUACCCCUACGCCGCUUCGCCGCCCCACCUGCCCGUGGCACAGGGCAGCUACUCUCCCGGCAGCCCGCAGCUCUACGGGGCUCCCAACAGACUGGCUCUGCCGGCCAUGCGGCCCCCCGCCUGCGCCGAGCACGGCGAGCAGCUCCUGGGGCUCUCCGCGUCGCCGCUCGGCCAGUUCGGCUCCAGCAACACCUACAUGAGGCAGCCCAAUUUCCCUGGCCUCGAGCGGUACAUGUGA